AUGGUCACCCCCUCAUUUGACCCCAAAGAACAACCUCCUGCCAUGUACAAAUUCAAGUAUGGGGAAGUGAUUCUUCAACAUGCUGAGCUUCACCAAGAGACAGUAACCGCUUCUAGCGUCUCGACCGCCAUCAUGUUGCCUUCUCUCCUCUUUACCAGCAUCGCCCUGGCUUUGCCAGUUCUGGGCCAAACUCCCUGCACCCGAGACUUCCUGAAGGCUGCAACGGCAGAAUACCUGGAUGCACUCACUGCUGGAGAGCCGACCUUCUCGACACUAUCGAGCGAUGUCGACUACUACGAGAACGACGCUCUUGUGAACAUCUCCACAGGGGUCCUGUCGCAAGGCAUCAAGAUCGACUUCAACCUCAGCAUCUACGACACCACCCAAUGCGCCUCAUACACCGAAAUCGUCGCCACCACAGAACACCCCUACGUCAUUGGCACAAGGCUUGCUUUUACCGACAGCAAGGUUACACACAUCGACUCAAUCGUGUGUGACACAGGCGACUGGCUGUUCAACGCGACUGGGUCCCUGAUCUACAAUCGACAGGAAAGCUGGGCCCCUGUCCCAGUGGAAAAGCGUGAAUCUCGGGAGGCUCUCAAAGCAGCGGGAGAUGCGUACAUCGAUGCAUGGGGCAACCAUACCGUCAAGCCUGUUUUUGCCAAGAACUGCGCCCGUCUUGAGGGAGGUUUCUACAUCACCAGCAACUGCCUCCUCAACUUCCCGCCCCCGUUCAACGUCAGCAAUCAGCGGUACACAAUUGACGAGGAAUUGGGCGCGGUGGAUAUCUUCCAUCUGUUCCCUUUUCUCGACGCUGCUAUCCCGAGACAUCCGGGCACGCAGACGAACAACUUGAUCAGGGUGGAGUCGGGUGAGAUUCGGUAUAUUCACGAGAAUACUGUUUGCUCGACCAGGAACUGUGGGAGAUGAGUUGGAGAUAAAUAACAAAUCGAAUAUUG